AUGAAGACCUUCAUUCUUCUGGCUCUGUUCGCAGCAGCAUAUGCUGCUCCCAUCGAGGACGACAAGAUCGUGGGAGGCUAUGAGUGCAGGAAGAACUCUGUGCCCUACCAGGUCUCUCUGAACUCUGGCUACCACUUCUGUGGAGGCUCCCUGAUCUCCAGCACCUGGGUGGUGUCUGCUGCUCACUGCUACAAGUCCCGCGUUCAGGUGCGUCUCGGUGAGCACAACAUUGCCGUCAACGAGGGAACCGAGCAGUUCAUCAACUCUGCCAAGGUCAUCCGUCACCCCAGAUACAGCAGCUACAACCUGGACAACGACAUCAUGAUGAUCAAGCUCAGCAAGCCCGCCACCCUCAACAGCUACGUCCAGACCGUGUCCCUGCCCUCCAGCUGCGCCGGCGCUGGCACCAGCUGCCUGAUCUCCGGAUGGGGCAACAUGAGCGGCUCCGGAAGCAACUACCCUGAUCGCCUGAGGUGUCUGGAUGCUCCCAUCCUGAGUGACAGCAGCUGCAAGAACUCCUACCCUGGACAGAUCACCUCCAACAUGUUCUGCGCCGGAUUCCUGGAGGGAGGAAAGGACUCCUGCCAGGGUGACUCCGGUGGCCCCGUGGUGUGCAACGGUCAGCUGCAGGGUGUGGUGUCCUGGGGAUACGGCUGUGCCCAGAGGAACCUGCCCGGAGUGUACGCCAAGGUCUGCAACUACAACUCCUGGAUUCGCAACACCAUGUCCUCCAACUAA